ACCUCCUCCUCCAGCUAUUCCUCUCCCUACUAUCACUCCCCCUUGCCUGUUGCCUCCCUUGUAUCAUCUCUUCCUCUAUUCUUCAUUUUCUUGUAAUUAUCAUUCACACACACUCUCUCUCCCUCUCUCUCUCUCUCUGUCCAUAUAUAUAAAACGAUUUCACGCUUUCUGCUCAGAUUCAUAUCUAAAUCCUCCGAUAACACUCAACAAUCUCUGAUUAACCUUACCAACAGGAGCGAGAGUUUAGCUGAGAUCCAUGAACAGUUUUAACGACGAACACGGAAGGCAACAGAGAAGCUUCAGGCAAAAUGCGACUUCGAGUUCUUUUCCUCUAGCUCUCUGCGGCAGUGACAAGCUGAUCAUGAGAAGGCUAGGCGAAGAGCAGGUCGACGACGACGACAGCGACGAUCUUGUGUCCAGAGUGGUCCCCGCAGUGACGGUGGUGCUGGAGGGCCGUUCGAUCUGCCACCGCAUCAGCCUCCACCAGCAUGAGAGUUAUCGCAGUCUCGCCAAGGCUCUGAGAAAGAUGUUCGUGCAGGAUAAUGCAGAAGAAGAACAGGUCGGCGGCCACCACGGCGGGGACGACGACAAUGAUAGUAUCGAUCUCUCCAAUGCAAUUCCUGGCCACCUUGUUGCUUAUGAGGAUAUGGAGAAUGAUCUUCUCCUUGCCGGUGAUCUCAACUGGAAGGAUUUUGUACGUGUGGCGAAGAGAAUCAGGAUAUUGCCAGCCAAGAAGGGAAACUCGCGGAAGAGUACAAGAGGAGCAUGACACAGUGAGACCCCGCUUGUUAUACAGAAUAGAGUUGAAAAAAAAUUAAAAUUGGAAUCUUAUAUCUGUAUUCAAUUUCUAAUAAUAAUUUUUACUUCCUAUGUUA